UCCCCCUACCCUACCCCAAGCUCAAAUAUUGGGCGCGUUUAAGCAUCUGCUUGCACCCCUCAAGCAGCCGCCCCCGAAGAAUAGUCAGGCUCAGCAAAUACUCGGCAGCAGCAGUCCAGUGCUACAGCGGUACUGAACGCAGGGAACUACGAGACAGCAGCACGACGACGCAUCUUCCAGUGAUGGCCUCAGCGGUGCAGCUGUGCCGAGGUGCCCGCCACCGCUGGUAGGGGAAGAGGCAGACCCCGUCGCAGCCCCGUCCCUCCACCCCCUGACACAGACAAACACACCAGCCAAACCAAUGCCACCAUGUACAGCGUGGAGGACCUGCUCAUAUCCCACGGAUACAAGCUGCCCACCCCCGCCCCGACGCCCGCCCCCACCCCCGCCCCCGACGCCCCCUCGCCCUCACCCCCGUCCUACGAUGGCGGGCGCCACAGCGACUGCCGGCGGGAAAUCCUGGAGAACCGGCUUGGCCACGGGCCGGUGAACGGGUUUGGGCGGGACGGGGGUCCGUACGGGUCCAGGGGGUACCCCCCCAACGACAACGAGUGCCGUGACAGAAAUCAGCCCGGCAAUAACCAUGGAGACACGCAGUCGUUGGGGGAUUCUAUUACGUCAGAUAGCGGGUUCUGUGACGGGCCCAGGGGUGUGUACCCCCAGUCCAGAGCACCCAGAGAAAGAGAUGUGGCCUACUGGAGGAGGAGAGGCCAAGACUUCUCUGUUCUGCUGGACUACGCUGACUUCAGAGAGCCCAGAGGAGGAGGAGGAGGAGGAGGAGGAGGCGGCUACAGCAGAACCAAUGGGCAGCAGCAGAGAGGGCAGGAUGUAUCUACGGAGGAGCGCCAGACAGAGAGGCAGAUCUGGGCCAACCAAGCCCAGGUUCAGGCCAAGGCCCAGGCCCAGGCGCAGGCUCGCUCCAGAGAGAGGGAGGCCGCCCUCCACCAGUGGAGGAUGGCGGCCGAGAGGAAGUGCCAGAGCCUGGGCACGGACGAGUGGCGCCCCGCCUCCACCUUCGGCCGCCAGAUGUCCGACUGCGAGGCCGAGAAGUGGGCUCGGGAGCAGAUGCGGAACCACAUCCGCACGCCAGACGGCGCUGUCCUGCCCAGGACCAAAGCCAAGUCCCAGUCGCUGCCCCGCAUGCUGCCGCCGGACAGCCUGCAGUACGUGGACGUGUCUAGCUCGGGUCACAACCUCUACAGGAGGGUCAACGGCCACCCUGGCCACCCCAGCCACGACCCUUACGGCCGGCGGCACUUUGAGAUCGGCCGUCCGGCCAGUGCUAACCAAGCCGCCGUCACACCAAAGCCCCGCUUUUCCCGGCCGCUGCGCCCCCCCUCCUACGAGGUGCACCAACAGACCCGGGGUAGCUGUGAGAUGUUGUCUGGGGACAGCCCAGCCCCCCAGGCCAGGGACAGAACCCCCAUCCCCAAUCCCAGGGUAGGCGACCCCCGACUGGACUACUUUGCACAGGAGUCGGGGGGGUCUGGUGUGGAGCCUCCAGGCUACAAUCCUCCCCCGUCUUAUAAGAGAGCCCCUGUCCUGAGAGGGGGACAUAGGGGUCCCUAUGGUGAAAUCCCUGUGGGCUACAGGUACAGAGGGGAGGUGGUGUACCAGCAGGUGGCGCCAGACGGAGUUCACUGGUACACCAGACACCCAGGGGGCUCCUGGCCCGACCCCCAGAGAGAGUGGGCCAACCUCCCCAGCAGAAGGAAGCUGUACCCCGGCUACAGCCCCCAGCCGCCCGGAGUGGUCCAGUACAUCCCCUUCGACGACCCUCGCGUCCGCCACAUCUCAGCCAGUACCUCCGGAAACUCCCUCACGGACGCCGACAAGAUCCGGCACAUCCGCAACACCGAGCUUCCCAGCGUCACCGUGUCCGAGCCCCCCCCCUCUUCCUCGUCAGACGACAGUGCCUUCCUGCCCCCGCCCCUGGGGCACCGCGCCAGCCCCUACCCGCCGCCCGGCCCGCCGUCCCCGGGCGACCACGACGGCAACCAGACCAGGUGGCCCCACGGCGAUUUGCACAAAAACACUGAUAACAACAACUUCCCAGCGACCGACCAAAACUGUAACGACAGAUAUCCCAAAGGCCCGUCCUCAGCCUUCCAGCCCCCUCCGCCCUGCGGGCAGAGCACCUGCUCCGACCAGGCCUUCUCCGAGACGGCCACCAUCACGCAGGUGAAGAAGAUCGCUCCGGACUCAGGCCCGGACGGCAACAGGAACUCCAAGAGGAGGGUCAGCGAGACCAUCUUCUGCCUCGUGUCCGUCCCCAUCCAGAUCCAGGCCAAGGCGCCGCCGGCCGACCAGAACAACAACAGCACAGCGCCGCCGGGCCUGGGCCCCGCCGAGCCCGCCGCGAGCCGACCACAGAACAGCCAAAGCCUCCGCAGCCAAUCCCUGACCGAGAUGUCCCUCAAGCCCCACCCCCUCCCCCACAUAAGCACCAGCAGCUCCUACUGCAUGAGGAACUCGAAGAGAGCCCCUCUCAGGAAGGAGAUUGUGGACGCUUGGUCGCUCCAGGCCAUGGCCGACAAGGAGCUCUGCUACGCCGGCUCGUGGCCCGGGGACCAGUACCGCAACCAGGAGACGCAGACUGUCAGCCCCCCUGUGGUAGCCAAAAGCUCCCCUCAGAGUCCUCCUGGUCCGGGGGGUCGGGAGCCAGGCCAGCCAGCCUCCUCAGAGACCCCCGCUGACGGUGGCAUGGGGACAGACUGCAGCGCUGGCUCCUACGGCUCCUACUCCAUGGCAGGCCAGAAGAACCUCCACCCCUCCAGCAAUAGCGCCUUCUCCCGCCUCAGUAUCAGCCCAGCUCAACCCCUGUCUCUACCUCCAGCUGGUACCACCCAGCUCCCGCCUUUACCCUCUCCAGGCUCUGGCCAGCUCCAGUCUCUCCCACCUCCGUCCUCCAGGCCUGUAGGGGGAGCCGAGCAGCAUUCCUCCCCUAAGAGGAGUGGCCCCAAGCCCGCAGACGAGCCAUCCGGCGAGCAGGUAGCCUUCGGCCAGUUCCUGCUGAAGCCGGUGAACCGGAGGCCGUGUGACGCCAUCGAGGAGCUGGAGUUUAUCAACAAGGAGAUGGAAGAGCAGAUUGGAAAGCGGCCCGGCGCAGAGCCGUGUCUGCGAGACCUGGAGGAGGCCUUCCAGAACACCCUGGAGCUCAGCCAGGCUGGAGGAUCCCAGCACACAGCCACCGUUGACCCGGCGAGGGAAGCAACCGGCCUGGGCGAGCAGAGCCAGAACCGGCCGAGUCACGGGGAAGCGAGAAGCGCCUUCUCCAGACCCGCGCCUGGCAGGACCCCCACCAUGGUCUCCUCCAUCAGACCACCUCGAGAAGACAUACCCUCGCACCCUGGUCCCAGAGACUAUGCCCCCCUCCCCCAGACAGAGCCUGGCCGAGCCUACAGGCAGGACAUCCCCGUGCCCCAGGAGUCCCUGCUGAGGGACGUGGGGCUGACCGUGUACACAGAGGCCCCCGGGGGCCCCGGGGAGCCCCGCCAGCGCUCACCCCUCCCCCUCUCCCACUCUCCUCUCUCCCUCCCCCUCUCCUCGCUCUCAGAACCCCAGGAGGGACCCCCGUCCCUGCACAUGUCCUGGGAGAGCCGACUCUCCGUGGUGAAGAACCGCAGCGAGGACGUCCUCGACGCCUCCAAGCCGGUGCCUCCCUCCCGAACGGUGGAGGAUGUCAGGGCCGUGGAGAGGAAGACCGUCCCUACCCUGAACCUGCGCAGGGCCAGGAGUGAGACCAGCAGGCCCUCGAGAGCGGAGGGCUCCCCACGCGCCGCCAGGCUCUCCAGGGAGCCGGCCUUCACCCACGAGGACGAGGAGGACGCUCGCUACCGCGUCCGCCAGGAGGCCCCGGGGUGGGGGGACGAGGCCACGCUGGCCGACAGGCACCUGGAGAGCCUGCUGAUCCAGGAGAAGGCCAACGCCCUGCCGGCGGAGGACCUCAGCAACCUCUACGAGGUCAAGUGCGCCAAGGGCAUUCCCGAGAACGAGUCCAUCGAGCAGCGGGCUGCCAGGAUCCUCGGCAUAGCCGUGCCCGUCGAGGCCCUGGGGCCCAGAGACACCCAGGAUGACGGGGAGGGGCAGGAGGCCACCGGCCUGGACCGGGGAGGGGGGAGCGAGCAGGGAGAGCCAGCCAGCCCAGACGGCGAGGGACACCCAGGAGACAGCGGAGACCUCGGCAGCCCAGACAAGGAGGCCGACAGAGAGACGCAGCAAGUGAGCAGACAGUCAGAGCAAGUGACAGCGGGGCCCUUGGAGGGACACGGACAAGCAGCGGAGGAGGAGGAACAAGAGGAAGAGGAGGCAGGAAACGGUGGAGACGACAGCCCCCGUGAGGAAAAGCGUGAAGAAGAGAGCCAUCCGGCGAAAGCAGGCGAUAUCCAACUGCCGCCAGGUGGAGAGAGGAACUCGCUGGUUCUGGAUCUGCCGGAAUUCCCCCCCAGCAAGCUUCCCCUGUCUCUCCCCGUCACCCCGGACCAGGAGCUGGCCCUCAGCGUGAGUCGCGGGGAGAACGCGGCCCAUGGGGUCUCCGGGGUGACCGAGGACCUGGCGGAGGACAAGCUAGCCUCCUCUUCCUCGACCUCGUCCUUGUCGUCCUGCUCGGUUGUAUCGCCGGGCAGAACUGUCAUGGAGGUUCUGGCUCAUGUGGAGCAGGGGGACUCCGAAUCCUGCGUGUCCGGCCUUGGCAUCAGGAGGUUGGUGUCUGGAGGAGUGGAGGAGGAAGGAAAGGGAGAGGUGGAGGAGGGAGAGAGAGAGGGGCAGCUGGGAGGAGGAGGAGAGGAGGACGCAGAGAGACCUGAGGAGCAGGGGGGAGAGGAGGAGGGAGAGAGAAAGAUGGAUGAGGAGCAGGGGGGAGACAAAGAGGAGGAGGGCGAGAAAGACGGAGAGAGCGAGGGAGCGGCCAUGGGAGAACAGCAGGGAUACGGGGUGAGAGACGGGGGGAGAAACGAGGCGGAGGAGAGCACAAGGGAGCAAGAAGAGGAGGGAGAACUGGGAGAGGAAGAUGAAGAACAACAGGCAGAGAUGAAGACCGAACAUGAGGACGAGGAGAGGACAGAACCAGAGGCAGCACUCACUACAGAGCAGGAGGAGGAGGAAGAGAGAGAGCUGAAAAUAGAAGAGGAGGAGGAGGUGGAAUUGAAAAUAGCCGAGGAGGAGGUUGAGAACGAGGUGGAAUUGAAAAUAGCAGAGGAGGAGGAGGAAGUUGGACGGUUAAAAAUAGAAGAGGAGGACGAGAUCGAGAAAGAGGUGGAAUUGAGAGUCACAGAGGAGGCGGCGAAGAAACUUUCGGAGGAGUUCAAAAAAGAAGGGGCUCGAGGACAGACAGAAUCGGAAGUGAACCAUGGGGAGGAGGUCAGGAGGAAGGAGUGCGAGGGAAGGCCAAAGCCCCUUCCUAGGCCCCAGAAGCCUCCCCUUCUGCCCAAACCCAAACCCCAGCCCAGGCCUCGUAGCAGUGCCACCGUGGCCAAAAGAGAGAUCACCCUUCCCCUCAGCUUCAAUGUCACCUGUGGCUCUACUACGCUAGAAGACGAAGAACUGCUGUCGGUCUCAGACUCUUAUGACCCCAGCCGUGUGGAGAGAGUGUAGCCUGACUUCUUCCAAGGCUUCCACAACCAGCUCUGCUCUGGUUGGUUCCACCCGCCAAGUUUCCCGAUCAAAGUCUUCAUCGUCAUGUCACGACCCUAUUGGCCCCUCACAGCACAACUUAGUACAAACACACAAGUCACACAAAUACACCAACAGGAAACAGCCUAAAACAACAGCUGCAGUGUUUACACACCCACCUGGUGCUCCGAACGAACCUGUUAACUGCCAAACUACGGCCUUCACACCUCUCCAUCCUCGUCAUCCUCCUCUUCCUCAACUGGCAUUUCUCAUCUGGGUUUUCCUGAACCGAAUGGUCUUCCUCUUUUUCUUUUGUUGCUGUUUUCAACCAUUUUGUUUUUCUUGUAAAUGCAUGUCAUUGACUUCCAGAGCACUCCAGCCCCCUAGUGGCUCAGUGCUGAAAUAUGAAUGUAAACGAAACGAAACACAAUACGAGAAACACAAUAAGAAGGACGUAUUGCGUUACAAUCAGUGUUACCCUACACCAAAUGUACAUAAGAGGUUUUAUUCAAACCGUCGCUUAAUGUUUAUCGCUAAAGAACUGUAUAUUUUCUUACCUAUGUUGGGAAUAACCAUUUAAGACGUAGUCUCGGGGGGGGCAGGGGGGGAGGGGGCAUAACCAAUAACUAAAGCCCCCCUGGUCUUUAUUCUUGUACGUGUGUGUGGUCAUGGAGACUUAGAAUGUGCGUAGUGAGGCUGGAUCAAACAUUGGGACAUUUUCGAAAGUGUCAUUAAGAGCAAUACUGUUGCACAAUGUUGUUCCAGUUGAAGGAGCUCAUCAAAACCUCAUCUGAGCUCGACUUUUAGCAGCCGCUUUUGAUGAUCGACAAAUGCUCCAACAAAUAAACGGUCGGCUAAAACUAAGUUGAUAUGCAAUAAAGGGUAAUGUUACUGGACGGUUUGGUUGGAAUAGCUGAAUAGCUGAUAGUUGAAUAUCCGUAGGUCCACUUUUAGAGUAACUGCUUUAUAUCUGUACCAUGUGUUACCAGCAUCCGCCACCAGGGGGGGUUGCAUCGCUUAUAGCCGAUGGUGUGUUAGCUGUUAGCGGUCAUUGCGUCAUGCCGGUGAUGCAGGCCCUCAGAGCCCUUCAUACUGGGGUUGAGCUCAUCAACCCCACACGUAUCAAACAUGUAAUUCACAUACGUAUUUAUUUUUGUUAAUGAAACCUAAUAUUGUACAAAAAAAAAGAACAUAUAUUUUAACGUGCAAGAGGUUUAGAUCCAACCGCGCAAUUUGAUUUGCUCACAUACAUUAAUUUUGAGAUGUCACAUGUGAGUAUAUCACGUUUCAAAACUGCUUCCCCCCCCGCAAUAAAAAAAGGAAUACAAAUAUGUAGCUAUAUAGAUUGCAGUGUGCCUUGGACACACUACUGUUUUUGUUGCAAAGGUCCAUUUGUGUUAAACAUUACAGUAUGUGUAAAAAAAAAAGAAAAAAUCAUCCUUUCCCUGGAUUUAUUUUUGACCUCAUUUCACAUUUUAUGUAUAAGAACGUAUUUUGUUAUUUUAACAAUAAAAUUACCGCAAUUUGGAGAAUCCCCUGUAGACCAUCUGCAAACACUCAAACUGUCAAGAAACUAUUAACAGAAUGGCA